UCGACCUGUCUGUGAUUCUCUCAUCAGAUCGAUCAUCAUGGCUGCAGCUGGAAACAAGAGCAUUAACGCCAAAUUGGUGUUACUUGGAGAUGUUGGAGCUGGGAAAUCAAGUCUUGUCUUACGGUUUGUCAAAGAUCAGUUUGUUGAAUUCCAGGAAUCAACCAUUGGUGCUGCUUUCUUCUCACAAACAUUAGCUGUGAACGAUGCUACUGUCAAGUUUGAGAUUUGGGAUACAGCGGGUCAAGAACGAUACCAUAGUUUGGCUCCAAUGUACUACAGGGGUGCUGCUGCGUCAAUCAUUGUCUUUGAUGUUACGAAUCAGGAAGCUCAUAGUGUAGAGAUUUUGUUUGGAAUUGGAGUUGAUCUUUUAAGUUAUACGGUUAUCUAUUUGGUAACUUUGUUGUCGAUGAUGGUGAAGAGAGUUCUGAAAUAA